UAACGGUUUCAGUUCCCCUCCCUCCUUUCACGUGUUCUUCUCCUCUUCUCUUGCUUUUUUUUUUUGCUUCAAAUUUUCCUUUUUUUUUUUGCUUUUGUUUUUGGUAAUGGAAGGAAAAAAACAACACAGUUCUUCGUCUUCCUUCACUACUGAGCUUUUCGGAUCAAAGGAGUCAUCUGCUUCAUCUUCUACUGGUCUCUUCCAUUCCAUUUUCCCUCCGCCUUCAAAGGCUCAAGGAACCGAGAAGAAAUAUGAUUUUGCAAUCAAACAAGACUCUUUGGACAAAGAAGACAAAAGUCUGAAUCCAAAAACAGAUACGAGCCCAUUUUAUGAGCAACAAAGAUCGCAACCAUGUCAUCUUAGCUCCUCCAUAUACUAUGGUGGACAAGAUAUCUACACCAAUCCUACAAGUACCAAAAACACCUCGGGACAUUCAACACAGUACAACCAAGAAGGAGAAGAUGAUGGACGUGCCUCAAGAGGUAACUGGUGGCAGGGAUCACUUUAUUACUAGCUAGUUUGCACGACUACCUUUAUGGAAAAUGAAAUUGGCGUUACUAGGAUAUUUUGAAACUCAAAGAAAAAGAUAGCACGAGAAGAGAAAGGCUAUUUUGUGUUUUUCGUUUUCUUAUUUUAUAUAUAAUAACGCCAUGUCUUUUUUUCUUUUUACAUAGAAUAAUGUUGUCUGUUAAAGGUGACACUGAAGGGGUUUGUGAUCUAAAACUUUAUGCUGUAAAUAUUUGCUUGACGUUCGGAAUGUUAUUGGUGGUUAUGCUUGUUUGACA